AUGAUCGAGAUUGAUGAUCUUCAAAUGUGGCUCCAAAAAUGGACUCCGAAUUUUAAACACGAUGAAGAUUUACCAACUGUCCUAGUCUGGGCUCUACUUCCAGGUUUAUCGUUUCACUUGCAUAACUGGCAUUAUAUUAAACAAAUUAUAAGUGAUGCUGGUAUUCCUCUUGAACUGGACUUAGCAACUAAAAAUCUUAAUAGACCUAGCAUGGCAAAGGUUCGAAUUGAAAUCGAUAUCCUAAAGCCUUUGAUUGAUAAUGUUUGGAUUGGGGAUGAAGAUGAGGACUCUCCUCUCAAAGGAUUUGUCCAGAGAAUUAAAUAUGAAAAUAUUACCAAAUAUUGCAAACAUUGUCGGAGGUUGGGACACAAUUUAGCAAAUUGUAGGGUGCUUGAAAAGAGGAUGCAGGAAGAAAAAAAGGAAGUUGAGAGGGAAAAUGAACACAACAACAGACAAAUGGAGGCUGAACCUAUGAAAAAUGAACCCAAAAAACAAGUCUCCAUUCCACAAAAGAAUGAAAGAGACAAACCUAUGCCUACUAAUGAAAACGUAGUCUCUAAGGAGAGGGAUGUUAAUGAAACCAAUAAUUUUGACAAAGAAGAUCAUGUGAUCAACAUUGAUGAUACCAAGGAAAAAGAAAACAACGAUAUUGAUUAUACCAUGAUCAACAAUAAUCUCAAAGAGAUGGAUGAUAUAAAUGAUCAGGGGAUUACCGUGGAACAUGUUGAGAUUGUCCAGGACACUAAUAUCAAGUCCAAAUGUGUUAACCAAAAUGAGACAGCGAAUGAUGAUGAUAAUGCUCAGAUAAUAGCUAAUGAAAUUAAUGACAAUGAGCCUAAAUCUCAGAUACAUGUAUUUCUUAUCAAAGAUCAUAAUGAACUGCAGGUUGACAUAUUUGGUGAUGAUUGGCAAGAAGUCAAAGGAAGGAAAGAAUUGAGUAAGGAGAAAGAAACUGACAAUCAGGACUUGGGAAAGGUGAAAGAUCAAAAUGAUAAGGUUCAAGAUCAUGAUAAGGAAUCCAGUGAUGAAUGGGUAGAUGGUAGCUCCUCAGAAGGAGAAGAGUCAUAA